AUGAUUCGGUUGUUCUUCGCUCUAAUAAUCGCCCAGGUUAUACAAGCUUUCCAAGUCACCCAUAUCUCUGACUGCGGAAAAACAAGAGGAUGCUGGAUGCUACCCCCCGGGUGUUCUAACCAGGAAACGUGUUCUGUUAUGGUUACUUGGAAGCAUGAGGGACGGUCACUCAAACUGGAGCUCGAGAGUGAACUAAAAAGUCAAACAUCACGUUGGAUAGGAUUUGGUUUGUCAAAAGACAAAAGAAUGGGAAAUGAUACUGUCUUCGAAUGUCACUUCCCAUCUAGUGGACAAGGUUCAGUUCACUUAUCUCACAAUGCCCAAACUAACAACAUGAUUCUGAAUAAAGCCAGCAGUCUUCUCUUGAAAGAUAGUUAUGCGGAGAUAAAUAAUGGACGAGCUCUAUGUGGAGCAGAAUGGUUCUUAGAUAAGACAAUUGUAUUAGACAACGAGAAGAAAUUGAUCCAUCCCUUGAGUCAAGGAAAAUACCAUUUGUUUUUCGCCACCGGCGAUCUUACACAAGGCAGCAAGAAGGCACACGCUAUGGCAGGUGCAGGAUCACCUUGGAAAUCUGUGCAAUCAGUGAGAUUCUGUAAGGAAUGCACUUCAGCUUUCAAGAUUGUGUCUUGA